AUGUGGGGCGAAGGCCUCAGCAAAGCUGCACUAGAGGCCCUGGUGUCCCUGCAUCUUAGGGAGUUUGAUUGCAGCAGCAGCGAUAACGAAGGGCUGCAGCAGGGCACCAGCAGCACCAGCGCGCAGCGACCGUUCAGUAUCCCAGGGAUAACAGAGCACGAUAGUGCGGUGUAUACAGUUGACUACUCUAUUGACGCCGACGCCUAUUUGCUGAAUCCCAUAGGGGCAUCUGCAGCAGCGCGCAGCAAGUCGCAGCAGGCCUGGGAGGCCCUGAAGGCAGCAACCGAAAAGAACCUCCUCAGGUUGUUGCAAGAGGCCGUGCCCAACAUCCGCAUUCGUUUAGAGGGGCUGCGAGAGAAAGACUGGUGCAUGUUGCUGUACCAGAGAGCUCUAUCGGCCCAUGUGCAACUGCGUUUGCCUCCGGGCCUGCCGCUGCUACUGCGGAGCAGCGCUCGAGUUAAGCUGCCGUGCGUGCAGCAAUUCAACUUAGGUCAUGAGGCAUCCUUCUACACUUUUUCCAUCCUGUGCCUUAACAUGUUUUCCUCCCGUUAA